UUGAGCUGUUGAGCGACUUGGAAUGGUCAAGGACUGGCCCGGGUGAAGAAUAUGUUUAGUGUUGUUGGCAGAAUAAAAUAUUUCUGAUACAGCGAGGUCGCUCGUGUCCAAAUUGAGGAUAUUGCCCGUCUUAAAGACCGUAAACGCCUCACCUAUCUGCUUGAUGGCUGGGAGGAUAAGAUUCGAAGGAGUUUAUAUGGCUCUAUGGUUGCCGAAGUGAACCAGCACCCUGUCGUGCUCAGUCUCGAAGACAUGACGGGACAUCGAAGUUCUGCAGACAAGUUACUCGAGGUCUCCGUGAAAGCCUUAGAACGAAUGGAGAUUGGUGAUGGACAUAACAUCAUUGCUGCGACAACGGACAAUCCAACUGUGAUGCAAUCUUUCCGACGAAAAUUUCAAGCGAAGUUCUACUGGGUCAUUGUAAGUUCAAGUUCAAUGCUCUGGAAUUGUUGACUGGAGCGAGUUGGAGAGGGUGGAACGAGGUAUCACACCAACCGGCUUCGUUGAGGAGAUUGAUGUACUUAAUCGAGGCUCAGGGAGUGCAUCAGGGUGGAGUAUUGAUGCCCUUUUG